ACACUCUUUCACCGGCUCCCUUCUUCAUCACCUACUUAUAUAUCAGCUCAACCAAUUCUCAAACCAACAAGGGAAGCACAAACCAAACACUCACCUUCCCUGCCCUUUCUUUUUCUCUUUCUGCCUCUGUCUGCAACAAUGGAGUCUAAACAAGAAGAUACUUUCAUUUUCAGAUCAAAACUCCCUGACAUUUACAUCCCUAAUCACCUCCCUUUACACUCUUAUUGCUUCGAAAGCAUCUCCCAAUUCAGAGAUCGUCCUUGCAUCAUCAACGGCUCCACCGGUGAAUCAUUUUCUUAUGCUGAUGUUGAACUCACCGCUCGUAAAGUUGGCACCGGUUUUGCCAAAUUUGGUAUAAAAAAAGGUGAUGUUAUAAUGCUUUUGCUUCAAAACUGUCCCGAAUUUGUCUUUGCUUUUCUUGGAGCUUCUUAUAUCGGCGCUAUCAGUACGACGGCCAAUCCUUUUUACACUCCAGCUGAGAUCGCUAAACAAGCAGCGGCAUCCAAGGCGAAACUUAUCAUUACUCAAGCGGUUUAUGCCGCCAAAGUGAAGGAUUUCGCCGAAGAAAAUGGGAUCAAAAUCAUCACCACUGAUUCACCACCCGACGAGAAAUGGUCACACUUCUCGGAGUUGACUCAAGAGGACGAGAGCCAAAUUCCCGCAGUCAAAAUCAGCCCCGACGACGUCGUGGCGCUUCCCUAUUCUUCGGGUACAACAGGGUUGCCAAAAGGAGUCAUGUUGACACACAAAGGACUUGUAACCAGCGUUGCCCAACAAGUUGAUGGAGAAAACCCUAAUUUGUAUUUUCACAAGGAGGAUGUGAUUUUAUGUGUAUUGCCUUUGUUUCAUAUUUAUUCUCUAAACUCGGUGUUGCUUUGCGCGCUCAGAGUUGGCGCGGCGAUCUUGAUUAUGCAAAAGUUUGAGAUCAUUCCUUUAGCGGAGUUGGUUCAGAAACACAAGGUGACGAUUGCACCGUUCGUGCCGCCGAUUGUUUUGGCGAUCGCCAAGAGUCCUGACGUUGAUAAGUAUGAUUUCUCGUCGAUAAGGACUGUAUUAUCUGGGGCGGCUCCCAUGGGGAAGGAGCUUGAGGCUGCCGUCAGAGCUAAAAUUCCAAACGCUAAACUUGGACAGGGGUAUGGAAUGACAGAAGCUGGGCCACUGUUGGCAAUGUGCUUGGCGUUUGCGAAGGAGCCUUUCGAGGUAAAAUCCGGGGCGUGUGGGACUGUAGUCAGAAAUGCCGAGAUGAAAAUCGUCGAUCCCGAUAGUGGAGUAUCGCUUCCCCGAAAUCAACCCGGCGAGAUUUGUAUUAGGGGUGCCCAGAUCAUGAAAGGUUAUCUUAACGAUCCAGAGGCCACAGAGAAUACCAUAGACAAAGAAGGAUGGUUGCAUACAGGUGAUAUAGGUUACAUUGACGAAGAUGAUGAACUAUUCAUCGUUGAUCGAUUGAAGGAAUUGAUCAAAUACAAAGGCUUCCAAGUUGCCCCCGCUGAGCUUGAAGCCAUGUUGAUUGCUCAUUCUAGUAUCACUGAUGCCGCUGUUGUACCAAUGAAAGAUGAGGCUGCAGGAGAAGUUCCGGUUGCAUUUGUCGUCAGAUCAAACGGCUCUAAGAUCACUGAGGAGGAAAUCAAGAAGUACAUUUACGACCAGGUAAUCUUCUACAAGAGAAUCAAUAAGGUUUUCUUCACGGAUUUGAUUCCGAAAGCUCCAUCAGGAAAAAUAUUGCGAAAAGUCUUGAGAGAGAGGUUAGCAGCUGGAGUUCCCAACUAGUCAUAAAACGACAUCGUUGAAGGCUUGGGCUAAAAAUAGAAGUGAUUUUCUUUCCAUAAUAGCCCUUCAUUAGGGGGAAAACUAAUUUACAGUAAUAUUUCCCUUAAUUUCAUGCCUUCAAUUUAAUUUGUUUGUUCUGGGGAAACUAGCAAACAAAGAGAGAAAUCAGAGGAUCGGUUUUAUGUAUAUUUAUUUAUUGUUUAAUGGUCAUUAAAAGUAUCCUUGUGGGAUCAUGUUUGACAAAGUUAAAACUCAAAAGCAUUUGGCAAUUUAAUUGUAUUAUCUGUUGCAGUGUUAAAA